AUUCUCUACAGUGCUUAUGGAAUCUAUUGAAACGGUACAUGGUUAGGAGCUCAUAGAUAGUUAUAUUAGCGCAUUAUGCUUCAUCGUUUGACUGCUAGUUUCACAGGCUCUGUGAGCUCCCUUAGUAGGACUACACCGACUGAAAUAUAAGUCACCCCUCUAUUCACACGAUGCUGCUACUCCUACUUCUUGCUGCUAGCUGGCACUCGCUAUCCCUGAAUGGGGUGGGCGCCAGUCCUACUGAUGUCCGACGGCAGCUUCAGCAGCAGCUUUCGGAAAGAAAGCGCCUUCUAAAUGAUGGGGACACUCCUCAGGAAUCAGGCUGGCGUCGCCGCAUACAGCAAAGCUCCUUAUCGGAGCUAGACUUCCCUACGGACUUGCGGUGGACGGCACCAGCACUUAAGCCUGUCAUUUUUAUUGUCAACAUGUGCAACAAGGGAGGAGGCGCUGCAGCAAGUCGAGAUGAUGUAUGGAGGAUCCUUAGAGACAGCCCGACCAACCUGGCAGGAUACUAUGAUACGUGCUCGUACAACCGGACUGCCUUGGACCUAAGCAACACGCUGGUCAUUGGGCCCUUGCAACUGCCUUGCAACGGUACCAACAGCCCUUCGAUGGGCUCCGGGCCGUGGACUGUGACCAGCUGUCACGGCACCAACCCUUACGGCUGGUUCUACUGGGCUGAGCAGUACGCCGUCAACACGCUAAAGGUUAACCUGUCGACGUACAACCACCGAGUUAUGAUCAUGCCGAAACUACACCAAACAUUCAUGGAGGAGGAUUGCGGCUGGGCCGGCAUCUCCACCACCGGUUCCGUGAACCCCAUGCCGCACAAUCCCUACGCGUACCGCUAUUCGUACACGUGGCUUGCGGGCGACAUGUGGAGCAGCCCCUGGUUGUGGUUCCACGAGCUGGGACAUGCACUGUGGCUGCAGCACGCCAACACGCCCGCGCAGGAGUACGGAGAUAUCGCCAGUUCCAUGGGGGGCCUGAAGGGCUACGGGUUGCGGUGCUACAAUGCUCCGCAGAACUGGCAACUGGGCUGGGGCUCGCCCUUCGUAGUGCUGACACGGAAUGAACUGCGGCCGGGUGUCACCGUAAAGCGAGUCAUCCCCGCGGCGCACCUCGACCCAGAUCACUCCAUCCGCAUUGCACUCGGCCCCGGUGCCGGCCAGGCCUCUGACGUCAGCGGCGUGCCGGCCAACUGUACGACACAGCUGUGGGUGUCGUACAGGGCAUCUUCCUCUGUGUACGACAUGCUAUGGAAGGACUUGGGCACGAGCGCUGCGUUUGUUCACCAGUGGGAGGGUACCAGCUUUUCUGCUAGCCCCGAGCCGAUUGAGCUGGCAUCCCUGAAGGUGCCCUAUGCGACAAAGACGCCAAGCGACGUGCAGAGCAGCUCGUACACGGUGGAUGGAUGCCGUUUGGUGAUAUCGGCACUGGAGGUGUGGGACGGCUACGCCAGCUUUGGUGUGUGUGUGAAGACCUCGGAUAGCGGCUAUGAAACAAACUGCCAUGAUGGCAUUGAUGACGACUGUGACGGGCUGAUUGACGCGAAGGAUCCCGACUGCCGGCAGCCUCCGGGCAAGAACCUGCCACCCCAGCAGCCCAUCUCGAAGGCCAGUACCAGCAGCGACGAUGCGGACCAGGAGCCGGGACUCAUUUACGAGGGCCUGAUGCAGGUCAUGUUGCGUACCAGGCAGAACUCCCCUCCGUCGCCGCCCUCGCCUCGGCCGCCGCAUCCGCCACCCAAGCCCAAGACCACCGUCAAGGUCAAGGCCGCAGCCAGCAUCCCCACCGUUGCCACCGGACGGCGCCAGCUGCGGCAGUAGGCGUCAACUGCGCUGAUUGCAAACGCCUUUUGGAUGCACUGGUAGGGUCAGGGUCUUGGUAAGGCGUGACACCCUAGUUGUCCAAUCUAGUUGCGGUUAGUUUUCGAGAGGUCUGCUUGCAGAAGAGCUGCGCUAAUCAUCAGGUAGUAGAUGACAAAGUGCCUCUGGUUUGGCAGAACACUUGGAGGUUCUCGGCGUGCGCUGGGGAGGUUUCACACACGUGGGGAGCAGGUGGAUGCUGGAAUGUUGUGUUCAUGCAUGCGAAAAGAGGCGCUUUGCGAAAAAUGUGCAGGAUUGGCUCUGAAAAUAUCACGCGGGAGUUUGGCGUGCAUAUGUGCAGCAAGGGCAGGAUGGCGGAGUUUAGGCUGGCUUCUACAACUAGGGGUGCCGAAAACGGGCGUAAUGGGAACAGCGUGAGCAGGCGGUUAGUCUAAUUUCAACUUCAUCGCAUAUUCCUUGUGUUAGGAGUUAGGGCCACUGCAUGACAAGGAAGCUGAAUAUCCCUCUCGGUCGUUAUAAUCCGUGGGAUGCUGCUACUUGCUUGUAUGGUUGUGGUCAGUAGUUUAUGCGACUUACCGUAAAGUACUCAUGGGGGCUAGGGCUUAGACAUGACGUGCAUUCCGAGCCAUCUGCCGGAUGCUAUGAAGGAAAUCCUGUUUGCCUCUCUAGCCUUAAUUGCGUUUAUUCUUUAGAACGCCCUCGGACGCCGUGAUUCACGUUUUGAGACGUGUCGUGAGAUUGCUGGGGCAAGGGGGCGUAUGAGUCCCCUUGCGCCGUUUUAUUGUAUAUUGUAUAUCUUGGGACUCGGGCCAAGCUUGCUGUUGUGUACGGGGUUGGGGGUCUGUAGGGUUUUUUGACACCGACGCAAGGUGUUGCUUGUGUUAUAUUGCUGUCUACGUACGAUCCGGCCAUCUGUAGGCGUAUGCUUGGGCGCUGGCGAGCCCCGUGAUGAAGAGCGUGACCUGAGCUUUAGUGGAUUGGCCGUUACCAGGCUAAAUAGCCAUGCAAAGUACUAGUGGUAUCAAUGUUGUAGCGGCACUGUUAGGCGCUUCCAUUGACCCAGAGAAGUUAGUAAUUAUGCGGGUGGUGUGGGGCGGGAUUUAGCUUUAAGAGUCUCGUGAACUUGGCGGUGAGAUGCCGCUACUGCCUGUUGCAGUUGCCGUACUGAUUGCCGUGACAGGUGCAGCUGAUGAGGUUUGAUAGGUUUUUAGCCAAUUGCGAGCUAGCGGUGUGAUGAAACAUUGAGGCAAUGGAUUAGGCGCUUUACCCUGGUGUCCCGCAUCAUGGGGCACAGCUAGCAUGCCGGAUUAGGGCGGUGUUUUUCGGUGUAGCCCCUUGACCUUAGUGACUAAGGAAACCAGUAGGCAGUGGUGAUAGCCUGGUUUAGCGUGUCAAUAACAAUAUUACCAGAGGUGGGGUGUCCUAUCUUGCGGGCAUCCCGGGCUGGUUUUACCUGUGCUUUAGUCUUGCAGAUACCGGUGGUCUGGGCUGAAAGAUGCCAUUGUCGUGUCUGCAGCUGCAGACAGUUUAAGUGCAGCUUGGUUUUUUGGUUUUUAUGGAUUGUGGUAUUUGGCUUUCCUUGGACGUUUGUUGCGAUGCAAUAAUCGUAACAUGGGGUGCCGUACAGGCACCACCUAACCUUAACCUUUGUUUUUGUGCAGCUGGCGUUGGUGCUAUCGUACACGCCAUACGUCGGUUCUCGACAGGCUGCGUCGCCAAGUAGUUAAUGUUGAAACUGCGCGUGCGCUUGACCGUGCGCAGUAGUGCUGCUUGUCCGGAGGUUGAUGCGCAACUCUAUGAAGAGUGGGCAUGUGUGGGUGUUUCACAUUGACCGAACCUUGAAUACCGGUAGCUAGACCGGAUCGUGGGCCGUUGCUAUGGUUGCCAAGUACUCCUUGGCUUGCAGCCUCAUGUUGGCAAGACCCAGGACUUGGGAUUGGUUGGGGACCAAGUUGUGCAUGUGCGAGUAAGUGGCCGAACCAUCCUGUGGGCGGGCAUUAGUUGUGGGCUUGAAAUAGCACGGUGGAUUUGGGAUUCACCCACCGUCUUGGUGCCCCUUACCCACGUGUAAUACCGGUACGGUACCGGUAUUCGUAUAUCCUUCAAAAUUGCGAACUGCCGUUAAC